AUGUAUCCGUCGAAAGAUAAGUAUCAAAAUAUGUGGCUGAACGUAGUGCUUAUCCCGCUACUACUGUCCUCCAUUGAGGGAAAAACCGCUGCAUCCCGAAAGAAGGUAUGCAUAAUCGGAGCUGGUGUUUCGGGACUAGCCACGGUAAAACGCUUUUCUGAACAUACCGACGAGUUCAAGCCAAUUGUUUUUGAGAAACAAUCGGAUGUUGGAGGACUGUGGAGUUACACGGAGAGCACAACGGUCGACGAACACGGACUACCUGUACACAGUAGUGUCUACAAAAAUCUGAGAACUAACAUUCCAAAAGAGCUUAUGGCGUGGCCAGACUACAGGAAUUUUACGGGCGAUGAUCGUAGCUCCGUACCUCAUCACAUGGUUUUAGAAUACCUGAGAAACUACACGGCUCACUUCAAUCUUCGACAAUUCAUCGAGUUCGACACGCUGGUGGAGCAUGUCAGGCCCUUAAACGUCCAGACCGAGGAUUGGCAACAAACUAGAUGGCUGGUUAAGACGAGGAAUCUCAAAACUCAGAAACGCAAGCAUACUGUCUGCAAUGGCAUCGCAAUUGCAAACGGACACUACACGAAAGGUAACGUUCCGGAAAUACCGGGAAUCGAAAACUUUCGAGGACCAAUAAUCCACAGCCACGUUUACCGCCACCCGGAGGACUUCGCCGGCAAAACAGUCACAAUUUUAGGCGCUUGGAUUUCUGGCGUCGACAUCGCCCUCGAUAUUAGUCCGUACGUCAAGAAAAUCUACCUCAGCUCCAGGCACGAAAAACGCAACAGCAAGCUGCCGUCGAACAUCGAGCAAGUACCCAACGUCAUUGAAGCUAACGGCAACGAGCUGAUCAUGUCGAAUGGCUCGACGAUCACUUCCGACGCAUUCAUCUUUUGCACGGGCUACCUACCCGAAUUCCCUUUCCUCGACGAGAACUGCGGAAUCAGGGUCGAAGCAAACCACGUAAUCCCGCUUUACAAGCAAAUGAUCAACGCCGAGCAUCCGUCAAUGGCCGUCAUUGGACUGCCAACUGCCGACAGCAUAUUUUUGAUGCCAUACGUUCAGUCGCAGUUCUUCGUGGCUCUAUUGCAAGGAAGAGUAAAGCUACCGACGCACCACGAGAUGAUCAAGGACGCCUACACUUUGCCACCCGGCGCACCCGAAGACAAGUGGCACGCGGUCAACGCCUAUCAAUGGACUUACAACGAGGAACUUGCCAAAGCUACAGGCAAUAUCCAGUUGCCACCUUCUUACUAUAAGGAUGGCAUACAUCUGUACGAAGCUUACCGCGACACCCAUUUGGCUACGUUUCGAGAGGUUCGCUUCGUAUUGAACCCAAACGGUACUUUCCACCUUGAGAAUUUGGUGGAAGAUUAUGAAACAGAAUGA